UCGUCGUGAUCUCGUUCGGUUUUGGGACCACAUAUAUUUGGUUUACAUAUAUAACGGAUUAUUGGCGUUUCUUGUUUAUUCGAGUUUGAUAAGUUACGUCCGGAAUAAAAUUAUAUUUACGGGAACGCGAAAGUAUACCGUCUAAAUAUUGAACAAUAUAAUUUUGUGUUUUUGAGAAAUCGAAAGAGAUGAACGUUACAGGUCAGGUUUUUAAGUAGCUAAUCAUUGUUGCUGUGAUAUAUAUAAUAAAUUAUUUUUGAUAAAAAACAUGGAAGAAAGUACGACUCGUUGGUGCUCUGCUCCCGGCUGUAUGUUGAACAUAAAAAUAGCAAAACGUCAUUUCUUCAAAUUUCCAAAAGAAAGAGAAAGAUGGCUAGAAUGGAUUAAAGCAUGUGACAGAAUGGAUCUAAUAACAGCAGGUCCUGAAUAUGCUAAUCGAUUUUAUCGUUUGUGCCAUUUGCAUUUUCGAGUAGAAUUAUUUCGAAACAUAGAAGGAAAAAUUUAUCUCAACAAGGAAGCUGUGCCAUCCAUAUUUCUGAAGCCGAUACAACCAGGACAUAAUUACUCUGGAUCACAGUUUAUACAACCAGUUUCAUUUGUAACCAUAUUUUUGAAACCAGAAAGUAGAAACAGACAUUCUUUAGAAUCGACACCAUCCGCACAAUCAGUGGUAUCUCAGACACUUACCGAACCUGAGAACAAAGACACAGCUAUAAUUUCGCCUUUACAAGCUCUCUUUCCAAGAGCUACUAUCAAGCAGGCAUGCGAUGACAGUACUAUACCGUCGUCUCAGACAACAUUACUAAAAGAAAAAUUAGAGAACAAUAAAGAAAACGUACUCACAGAAGAUGUACAACUCGUCAAAGAGACAACUGUGAAUUCGGUAAUACCGACGACAACAUCACAAAUACAUCCCAAAGAAAAAUGUGUUGAUGAAGACAUCAUAGAUCUAACAGCCACGGACAACACUUGGGAACCACCUCUUUUACCGAGAAAAACGUCAUGGUCGCCGAAGCCGUCGUCGCCGAAAACGUCAACGAAGAGAAUACGCUGGCACGUGUGCACGCAGACACCGGACGCGUGGCUGUACAUCGAUACCUUUCUGCGAAAACGAUCAAUCGAAAACUCGGAAACUCACAUCGAAAAUACGGUCGCGAAACGGAGGAAAAUAGACAAGGAAGAUUAUCGCGCGAUUGUGGAUGAAUUCAAAGCGGCGUAUGCGGAAUUGUUGCCGCGCAAUUCCUCCCUAGUGGUGUUGGCGUCUAUCAACGCUCGCGAGAGACGCAAAAACGGAAAAACUUUCGAAAACAGACAAUUUGCACUUAAGUUGUUCUUCAUGGCACCAAAUGCGUACCGAUUCUAUCGGUCGUUGUGCCUGUUGCCUACUGUGCGCCAGUUGUGGGCACACAUCCGCAACUGGGACAUUCCACCCGGCUUAAACGACAACGUGCUGAACGCGCUACGUUUGAAGAUAAAGUCGCUGCCGCCGAUAAGAAGACAUUGCUGUCUGUGUGUGAAGGAAAUGCAAUUACGACCGCAUCUUUUCUACAAUCUGUCGCGUGAUAGAAUAAUUGGUUUUCACAAUAUUGGUACGGAGAAGCGACGCACGCUCGCAAGAAAGGCUCUCGUUCUGAUGGCACGUGGAUUGGCUAACGAUUGGCAACAGCCGAUUGCUUACUAUUUCCACGGCGGGACGUGUUUCGCCGGUGUCAUAAAAAAUCUGAUACUCGACGCGAUUACCAAGCUCAAGAGCAUCGGUGUGCCCGUGCGUGUUCUGGUCACCAGCACGGCGCCUACGUUUCUGCGGCUGUCGCGACAACUGGAGAUUUCCGCGGAACAUCCGUCAUUUCAAGUGGACGAUGAAAGCGUAAUCUUUGUUUUCGACGUUCCGCGUUUGAUAAGAACGACCAGAAAUGUGUUGAUGAAAUAUGAUCUCAAGUUUCACGACAAGACAGCUUCCUGGACGGAUAUUGAAGAGUUCUUCAAAUACGAUAGUAAGUUGCAGGUGCCACUGAGUAAACUAUCUAUAGGUCAUUUUGAGCCUAACGCGCAACAAAAGACGGAAACCAAGUACGCCGCUGAAGUGUUUAGCUACAGGGUGGCCUCGGGCUUGAGUGCGCACUUCGCAGCGGGCAGAUUUCCAUUACGAGCGAUCGGCACGAUAGAGCUUGUUGACAAUUUCGAUCAGUUGUUCGAGUUUCUGAACUCUUCCACACCGCCCGAUCGAAAUUCAAAGGAUACCGGAAGAUUCUGCCACGCUUUUACGGGCAACGUGCACGAGUUAUCAUUCCUACACCGAAUGUUGGACUUUCUGAAAACGAUCAAAGUUAUCGGCCCAAAUGGCACAUGCAUCAAGUCGAUCAAGUGCUUUGAUCGUUGGCAGAUCACGAUCAACGCGAUCAUUCAGCUGUGGGACGUAUUGAAGAGCCAUCAAUUCCCUUUCCUCUGCACGAGAAGACUGACUCAGGAAGGCAUCGAGCACAUCUUCCGCUCUAUUAGACGACAAAGUGGAAACCGCGCCAGACCGACGCCCAUCAUGUUUACUCGCGCGUUCAAGAAUCUCGUCAGCAAGCACUUUCUCGAGCAUACGAAUGAGGACGAUUCCGAUGUGAACACGCGGAGAAUGCUCAAGCGGCUGGCGUCUGCGUCGUUUCCCGACGAGAUUUCGCCCGUUCCUACCGCGCUGAUCCCUCUGAGCGUCGCGGCGACCAACUAUCGCGACAUCGAUCUGCGGUUGCCUGAGAAAAGUGCGUUCAAGCGUGUGUGCGAGUUCCUGCUCAAUGAGUGCCUCCGUGUGCACAUCAAUUGCGACACCUGCGCCGUGUACGCCACUAAAGAAGGCAAAGACAUGACUGGCUUCAGCUUUUAUGUUUCCGGCUUGGAGGACACGUUCAUGCGUAAUUUCGAGGAGCUCUCGAUUGAAGAGAAUCUCGGCGCCCAGAUGCUGCACUUAGCGCAGCAAGUCAGCUACAAACCGCCCUGUCCGAAUUUCCCCGUAGCUUUUCUGAUCAAGUUGUUUCUACGUAUGCGUAUAUACUUCACGCUUUCGCGACACAACAAGAUCUGCAAGAACGCGGAAUCGCGCAAUUCCCUAAGCAUGAUAAAGUUGUGAGAGUUUCGUUUCCCCGUUGUCUCUUUUGUUUGCGUUUAUAGUUUUAACGAUAUUUAACGGUUGUUUUGAUAUUUUUUAUGUUAUUCAGUUUGAUUUGUUUUUUUUUUCCUGUCGUAUUUUAUGUUAUGUUUUGAUUGAGUAUAGUUGUCUUGCAUGCAGAGCGCGCGAUAAUACGUUAGAAAUUAAUUGUUUCUAUGUCAAAGAUUAGAUUAGGAAAAAAAAUGAGUUCUUUGUCUGCGUGUGAUUAUCAGCCGUACAAGACCGUUCUGUCGAGCAAUAUAUAGAAUAUUUUAGCGAGCAGGAGGUAAUUCUUCGUGUGCGCAUGAUGUAAGAUAAAAUUUUUUUUUGGACCACGUUUCAAAUUCAAUUUGAAAAUCAAAAAAUUUUUUAACGUAUUUGCAAUUUUGUUACGUUCUGGCCUCUGAUAAUUUUGUGCCAAACAUUAAAUGCAUUUUAAAUAUAUUUCGAUAACAAUUUAUUAAUAUAUAAAAAAAAAAAAAUUACACAAUACUCCAUUUCGAAAAAAAAGUUUUCAAAAAUUACGUAUACGUAAUUUUACUAAUAAAGUGAUUUUUAAUUGCUCUAUUGA